AUGCCUAAACUAUUAACUUUGAACAACGGUAUGAAGAUGCCACAAGUCGGUCUAGGUUGCUGGAAGAUUCCUAACGACAUCUGUGCCGACCAAGUCUACGAGGCCAUCAAGGCCGGAUACCGUCUAUUUGACGGCGCUACCGAUUACGCCAAUGAAGUGGAAGUCGGGAAGGGUUUGAAGAGAGCCAUGGAUGACGGAAUUGUCAAGAGACAGGACUUGUUUGUUGUUUCUAAAUUAUGGAACAAUUUCCACCAUCCUGAUCAUGUUAAAUUGAACUUGAAGAGAAAUUUGAAAGAUUUAGGCUUGGAUUAUUUGGACUUGUAUUACAUUCAUUUCCCAAUUGCCUUCAAGUUUGUCCCAAUGGAAGAAAGAUACCCACCUCAAAUGUACACUGGUAAGGCUGAUGAAGCUAAGGGAAUAUUAACUGAAGAAAAUGUUCCAUUAUUGGACACUUAUCGUGCAUUGGAAGAAUGCCAAAGAGAAGGUUUGAUUAAGAGUAUUGGUAUUUCCAAUUUCAAUGGGGGACUUGUUGCUGAUAUCUUACGUGGUUGUUCCAUUAAGCCUGUGGCUUUACAAAUUGAACAUCAUCCAUAUUUGACUCAAGAGAAACUUUUGGAAUAUUGUAAGAUUCAUGAUGUCCAAGUUGUCGGUUAUUCCUCAUUUGGUCCUCAAUCAUUUGCCGAUUGUGGUAUGGACCUUGCCAAGAAUACUCCUCCAUUGUUUGACCAUCCCGUCAUUAAGAAGAUCGCUGAAAAGCAUAAUGUGUCCACUGCUGAAGUCUUACUAAGAUGGGCUACUCAAAGAGGUGUUGCUAUCAUUCCAAAAUCUUCUCACAAGAAGAGAUUAUUGAGCAAUUUGAACAUUGAUGAUAAUGUGACUUUAACUGAAGAAGAUUUGAAGAGCAUCAGCGGUCUCAAUCAAAACUUGAGAUUUAAUGACCCAUGGGACUGGAAUAACUCAAAAUUCCCAAUCUUCCAUUAA